AUGGAGAAACAGAAUCUCACAGUGGUGACUGAAUUCAUUUUGAAAGGUAUCACUGACCGUCCUGAGCUUCAGGCCCCACUCUUUGGGUUGCUCUUCGUUAUCUACCUGAUUUCAGCUGUGGGUAAUCUGGGCAUCAUCAUUCUCACCAAUGUGGACUCCAGGCUCCAAACACCCAUGUACUUUUUCCUCAGACAUCUGGCUUUAACUGACCUUGGAUAUUCUACAGCCGUAGGACCAAAAAUGUUAGUGAAUUUUGUUGCAGAGCAUAAUUCUGUCUCCUAUUAUCUUUGUGCUACACAGUUAGCCUGCUUUCUUCUUUUCAUUACUUGUGAACUUUUUAUUCUUUCUGCAAUGUCCUAUGACCGCUAUGUCGCUAUAUGCAACCCUCUUCUCUAUACUGUCAUCAUGUCACAAAGAUUAUGUUGGGUACUUGUGACAGUCCCAUAUAUCUACAGUAUAUUUGUAUCUCUAAUUGUCACACUUAGGGUAUUCACUUUAUCUUUUUGUGGCUACAAUGUCAUCAAUCAUUUUUUCUGUGAUUGUAUCCCAUUAAUAUCUUUGCUCUGUUCAAAUACAUAUGAGGUUGAACUGAUAAUUAGGUUCUUUGCAACAUUUGAUUUGAUUUCCUCUCUUCUGGUUGUCCUUGUGUCUUAUCUGUUCAUCCUCAUAGCCAUUCUGAGGAUGAAAUCUGCUGCUGGUAGACGAAAGGCUUUUUCAACCUGUGGGUCUCACCUGACUGUGGUCAUUGUCUUCUAUGGAACUUUGAUAUUUAUGUAUGUGCAGCCCAAGUCCAGUCAAUCAUUUGAGACUGAUAAAGUAUCCUCCAUAUUUUACACACUUGUUAUACCAAUGUUAAAUCUCUUGAUCUAUAGCUUUCGGAAUAAAGAUGUAAAAGAUGCCAUAGAAAGAAUCUGGAAAAAGAUAGUCAACAGUUUUUCUUAA